CUAGCCAGAGCAGAGUCCCCCCCUGCCCCGAGUGAAGGAAAAAGCAACGGGAGGAAAGACCAUGGAGGGAGCUGGAAGUGUUAGCUACUUUGAGAAACUUUUUCCUUCUUAAGUUUUCUGCGAAAAUCAAAGCGCCUCAAUGUGGCGACUUCCGGUGUGUAUUUGUGUUCUGGGAACACGUCGUAAACCUUAACAUUCAAACAUACACCGACAUUCUGGCCGCGGACUGUUAGCACAACCCGACCAAAGUUAGCCUGUCUCGGCUAACUUAGCCUGUCUCAGCUAACUUAGCCUGUCUCAGCUAGCAGGAGAGGACAAAAAGGCGAGUGGAAACAGCGAGCUGAAAGUGGCGCCGAGGCGUCAGGGAUCCAGUAAUGCUGCGGCUCGGGAUUAACUUCAGAUACGGAUGAGAAGCAGAUAAACCGAGAACUACUGCGAGCCGGACGACCGCUGCUAUGCUGGGGGGGAUUCACGGCUCUGGCAGCCCGCCGGAGUCCCGAGGGGGGCCGCACUCGGUGCUGUGGAGGCUCGGGGGCUUCUUCUUCCUCAUGCUGCUGGAGGGGGUCGGCGGCCUGGCCAGCCCGAGCGCUGCCUCCGGAGACAACAACAACAACAACAACAGCCCGAGUGUUAACAUUUACAUGAGUGUUGAGGAGGUGAAGAAGCUUUUGGGCCUGGAUGCAGAGCUGUACUAUGUGCGAGAUGACGUGGUGAAUCAUUACGCGCUCUCCUUCACCCUGCCUGUGCCCAGUGAGACCAACAGCCUGCACUUCUCCUGGCAUUCCAAGACAAAGGUCGACUACCGGCUUGGCUUUCAAAUGGACAACGACGUGGCCAUGAACGAACCCCGAAGCAACAUCUCCAUUCAGGGGGAGGUGCCCCGCGUUCCCUCUGUCUUCAGAGUGGACCUCUUCUGUUCGGGCAGGGUGGAUGGAGAGGCUGUGUUAACAGUGCAGCUCAAUCUGACCAUACGUGCCAACAACUACACAGUGCUCAACUUCAAGAGGAGGAAAAUGUGCUAUAAAAGAAUAGAUUCUGACCCAAAGUUUCCUCUCAGCAAUAAAACUCAUCCACAGCCUGAAUAUGGUGUGACCGCCCCCACCACCUCCACCCAGGUGUUCUACAUCAGUGUGAGCGUCUGCUGCAUUGUGAUCUUCCUAGUGGCCAUCAUCCUGGCCAUCCUGCACCUACACAGCAUGAAGAGGGUGGAGAUGGAGGACAGUGUGAGUGACAGUGGGAGCUCGCAGGGCCUGUCUCAGCCGUCCACACAGACCACACAGUACCUGAGGGCGGACACCCCCAACAACGCAGCCCCCGUCACCAACAAUCACCCUGGUUCUGCACCCAUUCUCCAGCUUGCUGCCUCCUCCUUCCAAAACCCUGGUGCCCCCCCUCAUGAAACCAAAAGUUACCCAUCGCUCCGCAUUGAGAAGAAUGACCUGAGGAGUGUUACUCUGAUGGAGGCCAAAGCUAAAGUGAAAGACAUCGCCAUCUCAAGGGAGAGAGUCACAUUACAAGACGUGUUGCAUGAAGGCACGUUUGGCCGCAUCUUCCACGGCGUGCUGCUGGAUGAAAAGGACUCCAGUAAAGAAAAGCAGGUCUUUGUAAAGACAGUGAAAGAUCAUGCAUCUGAAGUGCAGGUGACCAUGAUGUUGACUGAAAGUUGCAAGCUUCGUGGACUUCAUCACAGGUGAGUGGAACUAAUUUGUAUUUCCUGUUGCUACUUCUCAACUGCACAUUGUCUGUGUCUCUCCCCCAUUUCCUCUCAGGCGAUCUCUCAACAGGACCUGGUUUACAUGGCCAUCCAGAUUGCAUGUGGAAUGAGUUACCUCUCUCGCAGGGAGGUCAUACACAAAGACCUCGCUGCCAGGAACUGUGUCAUUGACGACAACAUGCAGGUGAAGAUAACAGACAAUGCCCUUGCCCGAGACCUGUUUCCCAUGGAUUACCACUGUCUGGGGGACAAUGAGAACCGGCCGGUGCGCUGGAUGGCCCUGGAGAGCCUGCUCAACAACGACUUCUCCAGUGCCAGUGAUGUGUGGGCCUUUGGAGUGACUUUGUGGGAGCUGAUGACUCUGGGUCAGACCCCCUACGUGGACAUUGACCCUUUCGAGAUGUCCGCCUACCUGAAGGACGGCUACAGAAUAGCACAGCCCAUCAACUGUCCAGAUGAACUGUUUGCUGUGAUGGCCUGCUGCUGGGCCCUGGAUCCAGAGGAGAGGCCAAAGUUCCAGCAGCUGGUUCAGUGUCUCACAGAGUUCCACGCAGCGUUGGGCGCUUACGUGUAAAAACUUAAAACAUACUUCUUUGUUUGUUUUUACCAAGAACAGCAACACUACAGGCUGGUGGACACUAUUCAUAAGGAAUACAUGAAAUAUAGAAAUGUGCCUUACCAGGUGAAAGAGUCUGAUGCUUUUAUUUUGUACAGUUGUUUUUGGAGUUUUUAUAUAGUUGCAUUUUUUUUACAGCAUAGCAAGGUAAAUGGUUUCUUUGUUAAAUAUUGUUUGCUUUGAAAGCAUCUAGAAGUGAUGGCAAUACAGUGCUCCACCUGCAUUCCCGGACAUUUACGUGCCAGCGGACCCAUUCUUUUAUAGAACAAUGUAUGCCUCCAACAACCUGGAUUCAAAGACAGUAUUUUCUACAGCUUUGUAUUUUAGUGACAGUGUAGAUGUGUUGUGGAUAGACCUAAAGCUGUGUUGGUAUGCUUUGGUACGAGGAGCCUCUGUGGAGAGGAGUUCUUCCUGAAGGUACACGUUUCCUCCGGAUCACACUAAAGACUUUUCCUCGUUGAUCAAACGGAUGGACGCUUCAGCUUUUCCUAAAUCAGCAUUGCAAAGCUACAUUUAUGACCUUGAUUUAUUUUUAUAAAUCAAAGUGAAUUGUGGACACUAUUAUUAUUUUAUUGUCACCACCUUAUUCCUCUUUUGUACAUUUUCUUUCUAUCUGAACCUCCAAACUAUCUCAACGUGUCUAUUUUAUAAGCUUGACUGUUCUGCGUCAGAACAAAACAAAAACCUUCACAGGAUUCUUUUGACUGAUUUGAUGUUCUAAUAAUCACUGUGAACACAAACUGCCACCAGCUCGGUCUGAUCUUAUUCUUCCACCUUGAACAUCUUUGUGUCUCUAUGGUCACUGCAUGUUGGAUUAAGGUUUUAAACUGCUUCCCGAUUUCAUAUCCACAAAUUAAAUGGGAUUUUAAAAUAUA